CUCCAUCAGCCUCUCCGCAUGCACUGUGAGCUGUGCAGCAUCGUGUCCAGCUCGGGGCAGAUGCUGGGACAGAAUGCUGGCGUGGAGAUUGACCAGUUGCCGUGCGUGUGGAGAAUGAACAACGCGCCCACGCUGGGUUUCGAGAGGGACGUGGGGACCCGGACCAGUGUCCGUGUGGUGUCCCACACCAGCUUCCCCCUCCUGCAGCGGAGGCAGCAGCAUUACUUCGGGGAAGCCAACGAGACCGUCUACAUCUUCUGGGGGCCCUUGCGGACAAUGCGGCAAGAUGGCAAAGGGGCCACGUACAACGAGCUGCGGAAACUGGCGCGCAAGUACCCCCUGGCCAAGAUCUACGUCACUACGGAGGAACGAAUGAACUACUGUGACCAGAUCUUCAAGCUGGAGACGGGCAAAGACAGGAAGCUGUCGGGCACGUACCUGAGUACUGGCUGGUUCACUCUCGUGCUCGCCAUGGAAGUCUGCCCCAAAAUACACAUCUUUGGGAUGAUUAACAACACCUACUGCAGUCUCCACAGGUCCAGAUCACCCAAGAAAAUCCCCUACCACUACUACGAGCCGCGGAGUCGGGACGAAUGCGCGGAGUACACCAUUCACGAAAAAGCCAUCAAAAGCGCCCACCGGUUCAUCACGGAAAAAGCCGUCUUCGCCAAGUGGGCCAAGCAACACGACAUAAUCUUCUCACACCCGAGCAGCGUCUCCCUCGACACAAGCUCGCAGCCCCACCUGAAGAAUGACUGAACCACUCCCAGGUGUGGGAUUGGUGGUCUACCUCUUGAACCCCAUCCACUGUGUGCCACCUCCGUUCUGUGACUGCGCGGGGAGCGUGGCAGCGUUUCUACUUCAAACUUUUUGUACUACCAUAGGAGGAAGAAAGAGCAAAGAUUCAGUAACGACUUAAAAUAUUUUACUGGGGGUUUUUUUCUUAAAUUCCCACAAAACGGUGCACUGCAUAUUGAAAAAUGGCACUAGAACACUUUGACGAGGGGACGUUCGAUCCUGGGCUUUUAAAUUCCCCCAACGUCCCAGCUCCAGCUUCCUCGGGAAGAACGCUUUCCCAC